AUGGCAGAGGUAAUUAACUUACCUCCCGAAUCUCACGACCGAUCUCCCACCACUGCUCCUCCUCCGAAUCCCCUGCCUCCUCAUCCUCCUCCAGCCGACGACGAUCUCCCUCCUCCACCUCUCCCUCGUCGGAGAGACUUUCGCGACGACAGGGAUUUCGAUCGCCGUCCCUUCCGCGGCGGCCGAGGCGGUGGACGAGGUGGUUUCUACAACCGUGACAAACGCCGUCGCAGCCCUAGCCCUAAUUACCGUGACCGCCGCUAUUCUCCUCCUCAGCAGUCUCGACGUUCGCCUCCUCCGUUUAAGAGAUCCAGAAGGGGGAGCCCGCAUAGACCUAACGACAGAUUUGGCUAUGAUCACUUUGGUGGCGGCUAUGAAAGGGGAGUGGGCGGAAGGGGUGGUUAUGCAGAUGAUAGACCUGUUGGCAGGUUUCCACAUCGAUCUGCAGGGGGAUAUCAAAACGGAAUUUCUGAUCUAGAUGCCGCUCGUGGUUAUGCAGAUGGGCCAAGUGGAGGUGCUCGAAGAUCCAAACAAAUGCAGUGUGAGUGUAAGGAGGAACAAGGUGCUGCAAAAUAUUGGAGGACAGUUGUUAUCUAA